CCGCACACAGCCAGGGUCACCCGUCCCGCUCAACACAACCCCUGCGCCCAAGGACUUGGGGACCUUGGCUUGUCCUCCACCGGAGAGUGAUUCCCAGGGGGACACUGGUCGGAGCCAGAGGGGACCAAGCCCAGAGCUCCCAUCUCCCGUGGGGUCCCUCGCUGCCUGGGAGACGUUGGGAGGGGGAACCACCAGCCCAGGGAGUGGAGCAGGACCCUGGGCACGGGGGAGACGCAGCGCCAGGCCAGGCUGGAGGGUGCCCGGGUUAGCAUGACCGAGGUGGAACCCGUGCUGGACUUCGCAUCCUCCGGGAGAACGGGCCGGCGCAAUGCCCUGCCCGACAUCCUGGGCUCUCCGGCCGGCGUCAGCCCCUCCGACCUGCCCCUCAAACUGGCCGAGAUGUCCCUGAACGCAGGCAGCGCCCAGGAGAUGCAGUCGCCCUCGGCGGAGGUGCCCCCUCCGCAGCCCCCCAGCCCCGAGCUGAAGGACACGUCCUAACCCCCCUUCCCAGCCCUGGGGGGGGACAUUGCUGACCAGCGGAGGAAAGAGGAGGCUGCGGAGCAUCAGCCCGGCUUUCCUGGCACGGCCGGAGUCCGCUGGGUUUUCCCUGUGCCACCGCGGCGAGACCACCGGGCGUCAUCCCCCCCGCCGUGGGGGGAGCACCGCGUGGCGGGGACCCGCCGUGACCAAGGGGGUGACCCCCACCCGUGCCCUGGGCCAGGACCUGGGGAAGGGGGGUGGGUGUGUGUGAUUUUUAUUUUUGUUUUGCCUCCCCCGGGUGUGUGUCGGGGGAGGGGGGAGGACUGGUUUUUUCUUCUUCUGGGGCAUUUGGCAGAGCCGA